AUGACGACUUUAGUAAAUAUACUAAAAAAUCUAUUUAGAUAUAAGAAGGAAAAUAUGAUGCAGCUGGCCAUAAUCUCAGGGCCUGAGCACCCAAAAAACAUUGCUUCUUUCCUGGAGCCCAUUGUCGAAGAUCUUAAUGCCUUGGGGACUACCGGCCUGUGGUUCCAGACUGGUGGUGGGUAUGUGGUUGCAAAGGUUCAUCUUGUUAUGGCAACUGGAGAUACUCCAGCUGUCUCUGACUUGAUGAACCUGACGCACCACAACUCGCAGUAUGGUUGCCAACAUUGUUUUGCACAAGCAAACAGCGAGUUUAGAACCAUGUGUAUUGUGGAAAGAGAGGGUCCUGCGACUUUGAGAGAUGUGGAGAGCAUACGCUAUUCUGUAGGAAACAUAGGUUCUAACUCAACAAAAGUUUAA